UGUUUGUGUGUUGCCUCUGACUGCACAGUACACAUUUCCCAGACGCAUCAUCAGAGCUGACGUGGGCUCUACGUGUGCAGCGAGUCGGGCUUCCACUCCACCCGUAACGAGUGACGAGACUCUACGUAAAACUCGGGCCGAUCACCAUGGAAACUGCAACCGUAGAGCAACAGGAAGCGAGUGCAACAGAGAAAAUAACAAGUGAGAUUCAGUCGGACUCUGAUUCACUUACACAGGGGGAUGAGGGUGUGGCAGUGAUGUCAUUACCUGGUGGACAGACACUCCAGGUGCAGGGAGUCAUUCAAACCACACAGCCCUCAGUUAUACAGUCGCCUCAAAUGCAAACUGCACAGGUAGCUGUGACUGAUUCGGGUACAGCACCGUCUGAUCCUCAAAACAGGCGAGCAAUUCUGUCCAGACGGCCAUCUUACAGGAAAAUUCUUAAUGAGUUGUCUUCAGAUGCACCUGCUGUGCCAAAAAUUGAUGAAGAGGAGAAAGUGGAGGAGGAAACCCCACCCACCUCAAGUGUUGCUACAGUGACAGCACCAUCUUCAAUCUACCAGACCAGCUCAGGACAAUACAUCACAAUCACUCAGGGUGGAGCGAUACAGUUGACCGGGCCUGGAGGAGAAGCCCUGCAGGGUGUUCAGGCUCUGACUCUUCCCAGUCCUGCUACACCCCAACCUGGGGCCACCAUCCUGCAAUACGGUGCCCAAAUGGGUGACUCCGGCCAGCAGCUACUGCUGUCUGCUGGACAGGUGCUUGUUCAGGCUGCCACAGGAGACAUGCCGGCAUAUCAGAUCCGAUCCCCGUCGUCAGGGUUCCCACCAGGUGUUGUUAUGGCAGCGUCACCGGGGGCCAUACACAGCCCACAGCCGAAUACAGAAGAAGCCACACGCAAGAGAGAAGUCCGGCUUAUGAAGAACAGGGAGGCGGCCCGUGAAUGUCGCAGAAAAAAGAAAGAAUAUGUGAAGUGUUUGGAGAAUCGUGUCGCCGUGCUGGAAAACCAGAACAAGACUCUCAUUGAAGAGCUUAAGGCUCUUAAAGACAUCUACUGCCACAAGCCUGAAUAACAAACACUGCGGACUCCAAACACAUGCGUGUGUUAUUUACAGACUACUUGUCUCUUCUUGUUUUGCAUCGCCUGGAUAUGAAUAGUUUGUUUGUUUGGCCAAAUGUUUCCGUAAGAAGUUGCAAACGUUGCUUUGAGAAUGCCGAGGUGCACGCCGCCUACUGCAGCCCAUCCUCUCACUACCAGCUUACACACGCGUACACUUAUAAGAAUGGGCUAAGUUGUAUAUUUUUGCUGUUGUCUGUUUCAAAGAUACUGGAACUCCUCAUUGAUGUGUGUGGAAAAAUGAAUUGAUGUUUUCCUUUUUUUAUUUUUUAACUGCUUAUUAAACUGAUUUUUUCCUUAUAGCAUUUGCAUAUAAGUUUAUGAGUUCAAUGGUUGUGUUUAGCAAGUUUGUCAUAAAAGUUUAUUGCUAUGUGUAAAAGUAAAAGAAUGCUAAUCUACAGCUCUGACCAGUUGAAAGAGUAAAUUAGCAUUGCUGUUACUCUACGCAGUGCCAGAGAUAACACAAUUUUGACAAUGACUGCAUGCAACAGCAUUUUUAUCAUUGUAUGACACAAAUACACACACAUUUACAUUCAAAUUCAAAAUACAAAGCAUACAUUCAUGCUUAUUUUGGAGGUAAUUUAUCUGUGCUUACAUGAAAUAUUAGAAGUAUUCAGUAAAUUGGUCAAAGCCAGAAAUCUCAGUAAUGGAUUACUAUUUUAUUGUUUAUCAUACAUUCAAAUAAAAGAGAGAUUGUAAUAAAUAUAGAUUUUAAAUUUACUGAAUCAAACAACUGGCAUUAAAUCUAAACUAAGUUCCUGUUUUAAUUUAAAAAGUAAUUAUUACUCUUUCAUCUGUUUCUUUCAGUCAAUCAAGAUUGUUUGUUAUAUUUAAUGCACUCUGGGAAGAAAACAGAAAAUGAAUAUUGUUUAACGUUCAAAUAGCAUGUGUGUUUUAAUCUAUUGCAGCUCUUUUUAUGUUAAUAUAAAAACAGAUGCUAUCCCCUGCACUUCUUUUAACACUGUACAGAGCGCUAACAUCUAUUUUUAAUAAAAUAUUUUUAUAAAUGUAAA